CAAAGUACAAUUGAAGAUGUAUUUGAGCGGUUUUAAGACGAACUAUGUCAACAUUUUUUGGAGUUCUUUGUCUUUAAGUUUCUUGUUAGCGUUUUUUGCUCAUAAAGUCUUAGUAAAUCUACCGAGGAAAUUUGAAACGUGUUUUAUUUUUGUGUUAUUUCAGGAUCUUAUCCGGUACGGAAAAACCAAACAAAACUUCAAACGAGCCGACUGGCUCCGUGUCUUUGAUGUUCCGAAAAGGUGGUUUUGGCAUUUCUAUGUCGUCUCUGUUGGAUGGAACGGUUUUCUGCUGAUCUCAUACCUUAACUUCAUAUUUCUGAGUCAGUCCCUUCCUUUAUGGUUGACUACAACAUUAGACCGUUUUACUGGAGUACCAAGCUCUGACAGUCAAGGUCCACAACUGUCAGUUGUCCUGGUGCUGCUGCUGCUGUGGACCCACUCACUCAGGAGGCUGCUGGAGUGCCUGUUUAUCAGUGUGUUCUCUGAUGGAUCCAUUCACGUGGUCCAGUACGUGUUUGGGCUGGGGUAUUACAUCAUCGUGGGGUUGACUGUACUCUGCCAUGAUCGCCUGGGAAAAGGAAUUGACACUGUCCUCUCCCAGCUGAACUGGUUCCAUGUCUCUGGCUGUGCACUUUUCAUAUGGGGCUCAUUGUUGCAGCACCAGUCCCUGGUCCUGCUGGCCAGGCUGCGCACUGGUACAUCAGGAACAGUGAAAAUGCUGGCUCACAGAAUGCCAAAGGAAGGCUGGUUCGAAUUGGUGUCAUGUCCACAUUAUUUUGCUGAGCUGGUGAUCUACGCGUCACUCGGUUUGGUUAUUGGAGGCUUUUCUGUUACCUGGUGGCUUGUGGUCAGUUAUGUGUUCUUUAACCAGGCGUUGGCAGCACAGCUUUGUCACGACUUUUACAUCAGUAAAUAUGAAUUGUACCCAAAACAUAGAAAAGCAUUUAUACCUUUUAUGCUAUGAUUUGUUUUGUGUUCUUUAGUCUGAACAAUAGAUGUGAGGAAGUGGUAAAACCUGCUGUUGACUAAUUGCUGCUCCACAGGGGCACAACGCUGGCUGUAAACACCUCCCGGGUGUGCUGUGAAAUUAUUAUUCUUCUCGAGUAAAAUCUCUGUUAUAUGAGGACAUUACAAGUUAUUUCUUCAAGUUCAUCAUCGCAGCAAGAUUUGAUUCUUUUCACCACAAAGCCCAGGAUUAGGGAUACUGGGUUCUCCUCCUGGUGCUGGGCCCAGGGUGGGGGUGGCUUGCAUGGGAGCGCCUGAUGGCUGGGUCUCAAACCAUGGGACUUGAUCAGGCGCAGCCCGAUGAAACAACACUGUCACCUCCAUGUGGGCUCAACACCCACAGGGACUGUGUAGAGGGUCUGGUGUGCUGCUUUUCUAGCAGUGGACGGGGCAAACAUCCACACGGACUGGCAUUUCUUUUUUUGUUUUCUUUUUUAUUAUUAUUAUUUGGAUGUUGUGCUGACACAAUUAUAAUCAAAGGUUAAACAAAUUAAAUUAUAGAUGGCAGACAUCUGCAGAAUUGAUACUCAUAUUUAAAGUUGUCAUGUUGUACAUGUUUCAGCAAGCGGUCGUUUGUUGUCUUGUUCACAGAUACAGAGAUACUGAGGUGAGGGAAUUCAGGUCUUUCAAAAAUCUACACUCCUCCAAAGAUUUAAGGGAACAAGUGGUUCACAUGGUUCAGCUGACUGUAGAGUAAGAUUUUGUUAGAAAUCAGCUGGUUACAGUGCAACAGAUAACAGAAUAUUUACAGAGCAGUCCGGCAAAUAGAGAUACAAGCACCAAAUGUUAUUGUUUAUAAACAGCAAGAAUGGUGGCAAAGGUCAGUUUCA